CCAUGGCGAUUUCUCAACAGCUUUAUCCUUCAGAAGAUGAUUUGGUUUACGAAGAGGAACUGCUUCGUAACCCUUUCAGUCUCAAAUCAUGGUGGCGAUACCUCAUCGCUCUUUCAGAUUCUCCAUUCAGUAAGCGUUUUAUCAUCUAUGAACGAGCACUCAAAGCUCUUCCUGGAAGCUAUAAGCUCUGGCAUGCUUACCUCUGCGAACGCCUCCAAAUCGUUAGCAGUUACCCCAUUAUUCUUCCGCAGUCCAAAACCCUUAAUGACACUUCCGAACGUACUCACCCGCAGUUCAAGAUUCUUAAUGAUACUUUCGAACGUGCUCUCAUUACCAUGCACAAGAUGCCUCGUAUAUGGAUAAUGUAUCUCCAAACAUUGACUCAUCAAAAAUUCAUAUCAAGAACAAGAAAAGUCUUUGAUCUUGCACUCCGUGCACUUCCUGUUACUCAGCACGACCGCAUUUGGGAUCAUUACCUGUUUUUUGUCUGUCAAAAAGGUAUCCCGAUUGAAACUUCUCUUAGGGUUUAUCGCAGGUUCUUGCAAUUUGACCCUAAUCGUGUUGAAGAUUUUAUCGAGUUUUUGAUUAGUUCUAGUCUUUGGCAAGAAGCGGCUGAGAGGUUGGCUUUGGUGUUGAAUGAUGAUAAGUUUUAUUCUAUUAAGGGUAAGACAAAGCAUAGACUUUGGUUGGAGUUGUGUGAUUUGUUGACUAGGCAUGCGAAUGAAGUUUCUGGGUUGAAUGUGGAUGCAAUCAUUAGGGCUGGUAUUAGGAAAUUCUCGGAUGAGGUUGGUCCAUUGUGGACCUCGCUUGCUGAGUAUUACAUUAGGAGGGGUUUGCAUGAGAAGGCUAGGGAUGUCUUUGAGGAGGGUAUGUCCACUAUCAUUACUGUAAAGGAUUUCAGUGUCAUAUUUGAUUCCUAUUCUCAAUUUGAAGAGAGUGUGGUUCGUUACAAGAUGGAAGCUAAAGAUGAGGCGAAUGACGAGGAAGAGGAGGGUGGUGAUGAAGAUGAUAUUCAACUGAGCGUGAUUGGUUGUAUGAUGGAUACUGAAGCUGAGGCGAAUGAGGAGGGUGAUGACGAAGAUAUUCGUUUCAAAUAUGAACACUUUGAGAAGAAGAUUUUAAGUGGGUUAUGGUUGAACGACAAAGAUGACAUUGACUUGGGAUACGAUAGGUUAGACUACCUGGUGGAUAGGAGGCCUGAAUUGUCUAGUAGUGUAGCUUUGCGGCAAAAUCCUCAUAAUGUAGAACAAUGGCACCGGAGAGUGAAGCUUUUUGAGGGUAAUCCCACUAAGCAAAUUCUCACCUAUACAGAGGCUGUGAGGACCGUUGAUCCCAUGAAGGCGGUGGGAAAACCUCAUACAUUAUGGGUUGCGUUUGCCAAGCUUUACGAACAGCACAACGAUCUUGCCAAUGCUCGGGUUAUUUUUGACAAGGCAGUGCAGGUUAACUACAAAACUAUGGAUAAUCUGGCUAGUGUCUGGUGUGAGUGGGCUGAAUUAGAGUUGAAACAUGAGAAUUUCGAAGGAGCACUUGAGCUUAUGAAGCGGGCUACUGCAGAGCCAUCAGUUGAGGUGAAACAAAAAGUGGUGGCUGGUGGCAAUCAACCUGUUCAGAUGAGACUUCAUAAAUCUUUGAGAUUGUGGACCUUCUAUGCUGAUUUGGAGGAAUGUCUAGGUAAUUUGGAGUCUACUAGGGAAGUUUAUGAACGGAUUUUGGAUUUACGGAUAGCCACACCACAAGUAAUAAUCAAUUAUGCAUACUUUCUGGAGGAGAACAACUACUUUGAAGAUGCUUUUAAGGUUUAUGAAAGAGGAGUGAAGAUAUUUAAGUACCCACAUGCUAGAGAUAUUUGGGUUACAUAUCUGUCUAAAUUUGUGAAGAGACAUGGAAGGACAAAAUUGGAGAGAGCGAGAGAGCUGUUUGAGAACGCAGUUGAAAUGUCCCCAGCUGAUCAAGUGAAGCCUCUUUAUCUUCAGUAUGCUAAGCUGGAGGAGGACUACGGACUAGCAAAACGAGCUAUGAAGGUUUAUGAUCAAGCCACAAAGGCUGUUCCCAACAAUGAGAAGUUGAGCAUGUAUGAAAUAUAUAUUGCUCGUGCAGCUGAGAUAUUUGGUGUACCCAAAACACGAGAGAUCUAUGAGCAGGCAAUUGAAUCUGGUCUUCCGGAUAAGGAUGUCAAAGCUAUGUGUUUGAAGUAUGCCGAGCUGGAAAGAAGUUUGGGAGAAAUUGAGCGUGCUUGUGGUAUAUAUGUUUUUGCUUCAAAGUUUGCUGAUCCACGAUCUGAUCCAGACUUCUGGAAUAAAUGGCAUGAAUUUGAGGUUCAGCAUGGAAAUGAGGAUACAUUUAGAGAAAUGCUUCGAAUUAAACGGAGUGUGUCUGCAAGCUACAGCCAGACACAUUUUAUACUGCCUGAGAAUCUGAUGCCGAAGGAUCAAACUGUGUGUCCUCAUGAAGCCAAAGACAAACUUAAAGAGGCUGGGAACACUGAUGAUGAAAUGACUGCUUUAGAAAGGCAAUUAGCCCCUGCCGCUGACAAAACAGUGACAAAAAAGAGAAAAGUUGGGUUUGUAAGUGCUGGAGUGGAAUCACAUUCUGAUGGAAGGAUAAAAUCUAAUGCAAACCAUGAGGAAAUUGAGUUACCAGAAGAAAACGACUCCGAUGAGGAAGAUCAAAAUGAGAUUGCACUAAAAGAUGUCCCUUCUGCAAUUUUUGGCGGUUUGAUUAGAAAGAGGGACAAGAUUGAAAAUGAUGGAGAAGUAAAUUGUGGUAAUAUGCUUGGUGCCCUUGAGAGAAUUAAGAAACUGAAACGGAUUUAA